AUGGAGGUACUCUGGGUUACCGUUUCGAUGUACCGCAUAAACUAUACAAUCAGUGCGUUCAAACUCACCUUUUAUCAUAAAAGAGCGUGCCAUAUGCUCAGCUGAGAAAACAGACGAAACGACGUUCAUGACAGACGAAAAUGGCUAUCAGCUGUCGACUUGUUGUUUAGCGUUUAAAUGUUUUCUGCUGAUUUUAUUGACUCUAUCAAAUGAUUCGACCGUCGUAACAAAAUGGAAGAGCGUUUAAGAAAGGACCUCAUUUUUCGUUGAUGAGAACAGCCCAGUCGAUCAGUUUACCCCACAGGGAAUCGCUGAAACAUCAGCCGUUCUUCUGGCAAUGGAAAAUAUCCCCGCGGCUUCUUUCUUCCCAUCCGAAAUGCCUGACCUUCCGAAUUUUGUUUUGGGUUAGUCGGUUUUCUUCCUGUGGCUGAUGCAAUCAAACCAACCCAUCGGAGUCAUCUGCAUCCGUCUGGUACCCAUGUUUAACUUGGCAUUUUUGUGCAAAAUUUGGGCUACUUUGGGAAAUUACAUCUUUUUGCCGGUAAUCCGGCCGGAAUUGAAGCAGCUAUUUAAGGACGGGAAACACAACGCCAGAUCUCAUCAGGAGCUACACAAAUCAACGACGAUGGAAUCCUUUUCGUGACGGUUUUGAGCAGUCAAAAUAUUGUCGGAUGAAGUUUCGUUGUCAGACUAGAAAACUAGCCCCCACCUCCACCGACGUCGUCGAUCUUUUUGGCCGCUUCGCCAAUUACCACGUACUCAAACUAUACCGAGUUCGAUCGCAGCAGGAGAAGGAAAUAAUUACUCACUGUCCCUCGAGUCCAGAUAAGUCUACCUCGAAUACACGACAGAAUGUCGUCAAGAAACGUCACCCGGACGACGAGCUUCUUAAUCAAAUGUUGGCUUCUGUGUAUAAAAGUCGGGAACUGGAUCAUUCUAGAUUCGUCUUUUAGUGAGCUCUUGUGGUGUCGACUCGAGCAAUCAAUUUUUAAAAAUGGAAGGUAAAGAAGGCGAGAAUUUACUCACUUGCAGAGUCUGUCAAAAAGAAUUCGAUGCGACAAAGCGAGUGCCGAAAUUCUUACCAUGUCUACACACAUUUUGUCUCGUGUGCUUAAACAAGAUGAAGACGCAAGGCGGAGCAACGAUAAAGAAGUGUCCAACUUGUCACAAAGUUUGCGAUGUGAGAGUCGCCGAAUUGCCCGUUAACGACUACGUUUUGUACAUAUUAACUAUGAAAUCCAAAAUGGAGGCUGAUGCCGUCAGAAUGCCCAGUCCAAGCAAAACGGGCCCGAGCUGGUGUUUACUAUGCGAUAUGAUGGCCAAACCCGAGUGCUACACCCAAGAUCACGGAUUACUUUACUUGACGUCGGGUACGAUGAAGAACGUGGAGCGACUGGUCAGCCUGAAAAACGAAUUUAGAAACAUCAAGAAGCAGCUGAUGAAGGCCAUUGAGGAACGCAAGAAGAUCAAAAUCCACUACACGGAACUGUUGGACGCCAUCCAUUCCAUCGAGAGUGAUAUCCAGAGCAAGUUGGAUGAAAAUGAAAAACCGCUGGCUGAUUGGACAACGCUGUCUGAGAAUAAUUUCCUGGUUGUCGAGCAACGCCAGGGAUCUCCUGUGCCCAACGGCACCGAAUCCAACCCGGGAUCGAUCGAUGCGGACGAUUUCUUUCAGCUCAUCACGUCCGUUGGUAGUUCCGGAAAGGAGAAAAUAACGCUGGAGACGUGGAAGAUGACGGUGGAGAAAACGUCUCAAAAAUACGACGAGAAAAUCGCCAAAAUCACAGCCGAAAAAACGGACAUUGAAGAGCAGAGGAAGAUGAGGAUCUCCGUCCGCAUGUGCGAUCCUUCCAAGAAAGACACGGCUCAACCCAUUGGUGAAAUUCUGUGCGAAGGUUUCGUGAUAGACGAGUUGGAGGGAAGCAAGAGCGUCACUGACAUUGAGAAGAAUUUCCUUUUGCUUUUAACUCACAUUGUAUUUACACUUCACAAGCAGAGAAAACCUGAUCGCUUUCUUUAAUGUGUACUAGAACAGUGACCGAUGAUAGAGGUCUUCAAUAAAAAUCACAAGUUAAGGAAAAAGAAUGUCGUUAACACAAAUUAAAGAA